AUGUUCAGAAACAACUACGACAACGAUUCCGUCACAUUCUCGCCGCAAGGCCGCAUCUUCCAGAUUGAAUACGCCGCCGAGGCGGUGAAGCAAGGAUCCGUCGUCGUCGGCCUCGUCAGCAAAACCCACGCCGUGCUCUGCGCCGUCAAGAGAAAUGCCGAGGAGCUGUCGUCCUACCAAAAGAAGCUCUUCUCCAUCGACGAACACACCGGCAUCGCCAUUGCCGGCCUCACCUCGGACGCCCGCGUGCUCUCCAACUUCAUGAAGCAGCAGUGCCUGGGCCACCGCCUCACGUACGGCCGCGCCAUCCCCCUCCGCUCCCUCGUCGACAUGAUUGGCGAAAAGGCCCAGGCCAACACGCAGAUGUACGGCCGCCGGCCGUACGGCGUCGGCCUGCUGGUGGCGGGCGUGGACGAAAAGGGCCCCCACCUGUUCGAGUUCCAGCCCUCGGGCAUGACGGAGGAGAUGGUUGCCUUUGCCAUUGGCGCUCGCAGCCAGAUGGCCAGGACGUACCUGGAGCGCAACGUCGAGGCCUUUGCCGACUGCUCACGGGAGGAGCUGGUCAAGCACGGCCUCAAGGCCCUGCGGGAGAGCUUGGUGCAGGACAAGGAGCUGACUGUCGACAACACGUCCGUCGGCCUGGUCGGCGUGCAGGCCCCGGGAAGCAAGGCCAUCGAGCACUUUAAGCUCUAUGAGGAGUUUGAGGUCAAGCAAUGGAUCGACAGUGUGGCCGAUGGCCAAGCGAGUGGCGAGGCGGAGGAAGCCAUGGAAGUCGACGGCUGA